UGUGUAUUAUAAGUCGGGUAAAUGAGUAAUUUGAAUGUUAGUUGUGCAUCUUAAAACAAAAAACCAUUAAUGAUUGUCUCUAAUAGAUUGACCAAGUCUCUAAUACAUUGACCAAGCCUAACAGCAAGUACUAACCUAAGACUUUCUCUCCUGCUAAGUUGAAAAGUCCGAUGACAAUUACUUGUCAAAGUUUAAUGGCGGAAUUUUGAUUUGUCAACCCAGCAGCCAUUUCACAGAUCUGGAAUACUACUGUUUAUAACUAUGAAGGCCAGUCUUUUAUGCCCCACAGUUUUUGCCUUUCUAUCCUCUUCCAUUUGCCUUCAAGAGAAUCAAAGCCAGCAAUUUUCCUCUUGCUCUUACAAUUUUCUCUCUUUCUUCCAGAGAAUGAAAAAAAAAAACCAUGCCGAUGAACCUUCAUUUUUCAGAGAUGCAAGGAUUUCCCCAACCUUCAAGACCCAUGAAUUUCUCUGAAGAAAGACUUCAACACCCAUUUUCUGAUGGCUUUCAUGAUCCUGCAGUACCACCAACUUCAGCACCAGAAAGAGGAGAGAGAUUUGUGGUCGAUGACGAAGAUAUGAUUCAAAUUCUGGGAGAAUUUUUGGAGGAAUUUGAUGACAAAGGCCGUGAAGUGUUCCAGAAAUUCUUUUCCGAGGCAGAAAAGGAGAUUCCAUUUGAAAGAUUGAUCAAAGAAAAAGUAAAAGAGUUUAGAGGCAGACCCAUAUCAAACUUGAUUGACAUGCUUCUAAAAAGAUUGCAUGAACUAGUAAAUUCAGGUACAGUGAAUGAUCAAACAAGCAUGGAAAGAGGUGUUAAUGUUGAAACAGGGGCAGAGUUGAAGCACAAGCUUGAGCGCUUCAAAGUGAAGACUAUAAACCCAGUAAUCGCCAAGGAAGACAAGAAGUGAAGGUCUUGAUCAAUUCAAGCUAAGAACUUCAAAAUGUUGUUCAUUCACAUCAAGACUAAGAUAUUCACGAUAAAUAAAUCUCUUCUAGCCUCAAAUGAGUGAUCAAG